UCCAUUCUCACUCCCCCCUUUUCACACUUGCAUACAUUCUGUGUCUCUUCCAUCCUUACAUUCGCUCUCUACACUCCUCUCUCUCACACAUUCUCCCCCUCCUCUCCUCUCUCCCUCAUCACAGUGCAGUGUGUAUAUGCUCCUAGCUGCAGUAUACAGGGACACAGGUUUUUUUUUUUUUUUUCUGUGUGUGUGUGAGAGCCUUGCACAGAUGCACACACAGCCUCAUGCCUGUUCACAUGCCAGGAGACUUCUGCUUUCACACAUGCAUGUUUUCACACAUGCCAGCUUGCCGUGCAGCUGAACGGGAGAUGCACAACGGUGGAUUCACAAGGUGAUCAAACACUUCCCUCUACCUCCUUUACCUUCUCUCUCCAUCAUGUCCUUUAUUCUCUUUACCCUGUUGGUCUUACCUUCAGUUACUCUCUCUUCAUCUCCAAAUUCUUCCACUUGUGGACCAGUCCGUGAACUAAAUGGAGAAUGUACUGAUGGUGUUUUGCUUCCUGCCUGGUUGCCGCAUCCUCCUUCAACAGGUGAUCGAGCAGCACGGGCCAUUGUAUAUUUUGUGGCACUGGUAUACAUGUUCUUGGGGAUGUCCAUCAUAGCUGACAGAUUUAUGGCAUCAAUUGAAGUCAUUACUUCACAAGAGAGGCGAAUUACAUUCAGACGCCCAAAUGGGGAGGUGACAGUAACAAGUGUACGCUUAUGGAAUGAAACAGUUUCCAACCUUACCCUGAUGGCAUUGGGUUCCUCAGCUCCAGAGAUUUUACUUUCUAUCAUUGAAGUAGUUGGAAGAGGCUUUGAGGCUGGUGACAUGGGGCCCAGCACUAUUGUUGGCUCAGCUGCCUUCAAUAUGUUUGUCAUAAUUGGACUUUGUGUAAGUGUUGUCCCUGAUGGUGAAACCCGUCGAAUCCGUCACCCACGAGUCUUUGCGGUCACAGCUUUUUGGAGUGUCUUUGCCUAUGUUUGGUUGUUCCUCAUUUUGUCCUGGUCAUCACCUGGAGUGGUAGAGGUAUGGGAAGCAUUACUGACUUUCUUCUUCUUUCCAAUAUGUGUCCUACAGGCCUGGAUAGCUGACAAGAGGCUGUUAUUUUACCGUUACUCAGGAAGAAAAGGCAGGGCAAAGUACAGAGCUGGCAAAAGCAGAGGUGUUUUGGUUGGCGCAGAAGAUACAGUUGCUCAGGAAGAUGCAGAAGAGAUGAGAAUGGCUGGAAAUGAAAGAGCAGUGGAAUUUGAUGGUGAAGACGAAGAGGAACGGAGAGAUAUGGCCAGGGUAUUUAAAGACAUGCGUCAGCGUUAUCCUGGGAAAGACAUGGAGCAGCUUAUGGAACUUGCAAAUUACCAGGCACUUGUUCAACAACAAAAAAGCAGAGCAUUUUAUAGGAUUCAAGCCACAAGGAUGAUGAUUGGUGCAGGAAAUGUGCUAAAGAAGCAUGCAGCAGAUCAGGCAAGAAAAGCAUUGACAGAUGGUGGGACCAGAGAUGAAGGGGGUGGGCGAGGUGAAGAAGAGAAUGGGUGGACAGAGGUGGAAUUCGAACACACACAUUACCAGUGUUUUGAAAAUUGCGGAACAGUUAGUGUUUGGGUCUUGUGCAAAAGGGCAAAUGGUGAAGGAGCAGUUCAGGUAGAUUAUAGAACUGAAGAUGGCACAGCCAAUGCAGGGUCAGACUAUGAAUUGUCAGAAAGCACACUUGUGUUCCAGGCUGGUGAAACCAGAAAAGAACUGCGCCUGGGCAUUAUUGAUGAUGAUGUAUUUGAGGAAGAUGAACAUUUCUAUGUGCAGCUGAGCAACCCACGCAGAGCAAGAGGUGUAAGGGAGGGACAAGGUAGAGUGAGGCUUGGUGCUGGGAAGAGAGCAACAGUGACUAUAUUUGAUGAUGACCAUGCUGGUAUCUUCAGCUUUGAAUCAAGUAGCAUGAAAGUGAGUGAGAGUGUGGGAACCAUGAGGGCAAAAGUGGUACGGGGGUCAGGAGCAAGAGGGAAAGUUGUGAUUCCUUACAGAACAAGCGAAGGAACAGCAAAAGCAGGAGAGGACUACCUGGAAGUGGCUGGAAAAGUGGAAUUUCAAAAUGAUGAAACUACGCGAUACAUCGAAAUACAGAUAAUUGAUGAUGAAGAGUACGAGAAAAACAAAAACUUCUUUAUUGAACUUGUGGAGCCAGAAAUACAGAGAGGAGGUGAGUCUGGAGAAAAAUGGGUGGUGUGCACCAAAGAGAGUGGUGAAGAGAUUGCUGGAAGUCCAAGCUUAGGAGAACACCGCAAGAUGGAAGUGAUCAUUGAAGAAUCUUAUGAAUUCAAGAGCACGGUAGACAAGUUGAUUAAGAAGGCAAAUUUGGCUUUGGUUGUUGGAAGCAGCAGCUGGAGAGAGCAGUUUGUCAGUGCAGUAACAGUCAGCGCAGGCGAUGAUGAUGAUGAGGAGAGCAGUGAGGAAGGGCUGCCCAGUUGCUGUGACUACAUCAUGCAUUUCCUGACCGUCUUCUGGAAGGUUCUCUUUGCCUUUGUGCCCCCCACUGAGUACUGGGGGGGCUGGGCCUGCUUUCUGGUCUCCAUCUGCAUCAUUGGGAUCCUCACUGCUGUCACUGGCGACCUGGCUGCACACUUUGGCUGCACUGUUGGGCUGAAAGACUCCGUCACCGCUGUGGUCUUUGUUGCUUUGGGUACAUCUGUGCCAGACACAUUUGCCAGCAAGGUAGCAGCAGUUCAAGAUCCCUAUGCUGAUGCUUCCAUUGGUAACGUAACGGGUAGCAAUGCAGUUAAUGUUUUCUUGGGUUUAGGAGUAGCAUGGAGUAUUGCUUCUAUAUUCUGGGCUGGAAAGGGCAAGACCUUCCAUGUGGAGCCAGGGAGCCUGGCCUUUUCCGUAACUCUCUUCACAGGACUUUCUCUUGUCUGCCUCAGUGUUCUACUUUACCGUCGACGUCCACCUGUAGGAGGAGAACUUGGAGGUCCUCGGAUUCCAAAAGCACUGACUAGUCUUCUUUUUGUUGGCCUCUGGUUGGUGUACAUUUUAAUUGCAUCGCUAGAGGCAUACUGCCACAUCUCUGGCUUUUAAUGGAAAGUGUGCCUCAAAGAAAUGAAAUACAGCUGUUCUAUGAAAUGUGUCUUCCUAGAAUCCUUUGGUCAGUUUGAGUACAACAUUUUAGCUCUUUGUAUGCGAAAACAAAAAUCACAAUAGAGACAAUAACAAUAUAAAACUGCCUGGUGCAAAAGAUCUUAGCUCUUUACGGUGUUGUCUUCCCAUUCUUUUUUUCUGGUCCUCAGACAAUUACUUUUUUUCUGCCAAGAAUAAGACUGGAAAAACGGACCUACCUUAUCUUCUUAAUUUUGGAAAGCACUGGUAUAUCCAAUAUUUUUUUAUGCGAUUAUUUCUGUUCUACUUUAGGAUUAUAAUGACAUGGUGAGGUGAUAAAGAUCCAUUACAACAGUGGAAUCCACCUACUACAUCUGGAAAUGUUAGUGAAUUUGCAGACACAGAUGAGUGAUAUCUGUCCUAAAGAUGUUGUUGGGCCACAAGCGCCAUUUGUCUUCUGAGGUUAUUGAAGCAGCACAAACUGACAAAAGGACAUUCAUAUCCAGGGCUUCCAUUAAUUAAUGGGAUCUUCCACUGUGAGGAAUUGCUUUUAAAUCUUCAAAAAUGUUGGAUUAUAGGGUGCCUCUUAUUUUAGCUCACCUACAGGUACCUGUAUUAUUGUAGCUGGCAGAGGCCAUGGUACUCAACAUAGCAAAAACAAAAUAAGACGACAGGUCUGAAAAGUUUCAAAUAUGUUUAAAAUGAAUAUACAGUUUCUAGAUGGUACCAAUGGCCUGAAUCUCCCAACCGCUUCUAUAUCUCUUCGGGACAUGAGUUCUAAGCCCUCAACAGCUGAGCUCCCAGUUCUACAAUGCUGUCAUGGCCAUGUUAAGGAAGUCUCAUAAUUUAAAUGGAAGACGCACAAGGAAAUGUAAUAUGUCCUUGCUUUUGAUUUGUACUAAAGUUUCAGAGAAAUAUUCUGUAAAAUGUCAGUUCAAAGCACUAGGUUUUACUCCAAAAAAAAAUUGGGUUAAACUUGGCAUUUAUCAGUAAGGUAAAAUGUAAUUUGAAUGUUCACAAAAUGUAGGGUAGAUUCCAAAAACUGACUUUUAGGGGAAAAGAUCUUUUCCCUUGAGUCUAAAAAUAUUUAGUGAGUCAGUAAUGUUGCUAAAAAAGGAAAAUAAAUGAAGUGUAGACAUCAGAGCAUAUUCCAAAAACGUUGGGAGAUGCUGUUACCCUUUAUUGCAUUAGCAUGGAAAUACUUUAUAUGUUAAUGACACAGUAAACCUAAUAAUCUACUAAUAACAAUCAAGAGUAUGCAUGUAAACAACCCAAUAUUUCCAUAACUUAUAUAUAUUUGACUUAUUUACAGUU